AUGGCGUCGCUUGGCGAGGAUCUGCUUGUCACUGUGAACAAGUUACAAGAUCUAGUGUUCAACACCAUUGGCAAUGACUCCCUUGAUCUACCUCAGAUUGUCGUUGUCGGCUCCCAGUCUUCCGGCAAGUCGUCGGUGCUUGAGAACAUCGUGGGACGAGACUUCCUACCACGCGGCAGCGGCAUCGUCACUCGUCGUCCCUUAAUUCUACAAUUGAUCAACAUUCCAAGCGAGCGUGAUGACCUACCAGACCACGACGAGGUCCAUGUUCCCCACACAGCAGCCAGCGUGGCUGGCCAACAUGAAUGGGCCGAAUUCCACCACCAGCCCGGCCGCAAAUUCGAGGAUUUCGCCGCAGUUAAGCAGGAAAUCGAAGCAGAGACAGCGCGCAUUGCUGGAAGCAACAAGGGCAUUAACCGCCAGCCUAUCAACCUGAAGAUCUUUUCACCACAUGUCUUGAACUUGACCUUGGUCGACCUGCCUGGUUUGACCAAAGUUCCUAUCGGGGAUCAACCUUCCGACAUCGAGAAACAGACCCGGACGCUGAUCUUGGAAUACAUCGCUAAGCCUAACAGUAUUAUCCUUGCGGUAUCCCCGGCUAAUGUGGAUUUGGUCAACUCGGAGGCAUUGAAACUGGCUCGCCAGGUGGAUCCUAUGGGUCGGAGGACAAUUGGCGUUUUGUCCAAGCUGGAUCUCAUGGAUCAUGGUACAAAUGCUAUGGAUAUCUUGUCAGGCCGUGUAUACCCUCUCAAGCUGGGUUUUAUCGGUGUGGUCAAUCGUUCACAACAGGAUAUCCAGUCAGGCAAAUCGCUCUCCGAUGCCUUGCGGGCUGAGGCGGAUUUUUUCCGUCAUCACCCAGCCUACCGAAACAUGGCCAACCGUUGCGGUACCCAGUUUUUGGCAAAGACGUUGAACUCGACUCUCAUGACACAUAUUCGAGACCGUCUGCCAGAUAUUAAAGCUCGUUUGAACACCUUGAUGGGACAAACCCAGCAAGAGUUGGCUAGCUACGGAAACAAGCAAUUCAGUGGCAAGGAGCAUCGCGGCUCUCUAAUCUUGCAGCUGAUGACUCGCUUUGCCUCGUCAUUCAUUUCAUCCAUUGACGGAACAUCCUCUGAGAUCUCCACCAAGGAACUUUGUGGUGGUGCUCGUAUCUACUACAUCUUCAAUGAAGUCUUUGGCAACUCUCUAGAGACAAUCGACCCCACCCAUAACUUGACAGUUUCAGAUAUCAGGACAGCCAUCCGCAACUCCACUGGUCCUCGACCCAGUCUAUUCGUACCCGAGCUUGCCUUUGAUCUGCUAGUCAAGCCACAGAUCAAACUACUAGAGUCGCCCGCUCAACGCUGCGUCGAAUUGGUCUACGAGGAACUCAUCAAGAUCUGCCACACAUGUGGCUCUCAGGAACUUUUGCGAUUCCCUCGUCUCCAGGGUAAACUGAUCGAAGUGGUUUCUGAUCUUCUUCGCGAACGCCUAGGCCCAUGCUCCGGCUACGUAGAAUCUCUCAUCUCUAUCCAAAGAGCCUAUAUAAACACCAACCACCCCAAUUUCCCCGGCGCUGCAGCUGCCAUGCAGUCCAUCAUUCAGAACCGACAAGACGAAGAGAGGAAAGCUAUCCUAGCCGAGGAGAAGAAAAAGCGAGAGAAGCGACGAUUGAAAGAGCUCGGUUCUGCCAAUGGCACAGCUGGUACCCCUGAAGAUGAGGAUGCCCAAUCACAAAACCUCCCUAUCCGAAACCACUCUGCCAAGGGUGCUCGCAGCUUGUCUCCUAAUGUGGGCCGUCACGCUGAGAAUGGAAUUGCUGCUACUUUGAAUGGUCAAGCGAAUCAACCGGCUGGCUUCGGUGCCUCGCAUACUACUCGCGAUUCCUUCUUGAACUAUUUCUUCGGCAAGGAAGGUGUUCAAAAUCAGAUCUCCCAGCCACAGCAAGCACUUAACCGUGCUGCACAUGCUAGUGAGCCUAGUAUCAGCCAAAGUCUCCGCCGCGCGGAAAUGCGGUCUCCAGCUAUGCCGACUGAGGAGUACACAGCUCCUUCAGAGUAUGGCGAUGUUUCUUCUGUUUUCCCUCACGAAAAUGCGGAACCCACUCUCACAGACCGAGAGAUGCUAGAGACAGAACUCAUUCGCCGACUGAUCUCUUCAUACUUCCAUAUUGUGCGCGAGACCAUUGCCGACCAGGUUCCAAAGGCCAUCAUGCACUUGCUCGUUAAUCACAGUAAAGAUGUUGUUCAGAACCGUCUGGUCAGCGAACUCUAUAAAGAAGAUAUGUUCGGAGAGUUGCUUUAUGAAGAUGACGGCAUCAAGGCCGAACGUGAGAAGUGUGAGCGCCUCUUAGAGACCUACAAAGAAGCCGCGAAGAUCGUCGGUGAAGUAUUAUAG